AUGGCCAUUGUUGCUAUUGCUGGAGGUACAGGAGGAGUAGGCAAAACCGUUGUUGAGCAUCUGCAGCGCCCCGGAGCCCACAAAGUCUUCAUCGUCGGCCGCAAGGUACCAGCUGAGAGCAUUCCUGGGUCUCCCGAGUUUCUUGUGGUGGACUACGCCAACGUCGAGUCCCUCACCACCAUCCUACAAGAUCAUAAAAUCGAUACCGUGGUAUCUACCAUUAACCUCGAGACCGACGCCGGCAGCCAGUCACAGCUGAGCCUCAUUGCCGCCGCAGACAAGUCUCAGACCACUCGACGCUUUAUACCAAGCGAAUUUGUUUCCCUGAUUGAUGAGGAUGACCCUAGCUCAGGCCUUGGAAUCGGAGGCUGGAUGCCCAACGCCAGAGCGCUCAAGGAGACGAGCCUCGAGUACAUCCGCAUCUCGAUUGGCGCCUUUUCAGAUUACUGGGGUAUGCCUCACAUUAAGAGCAACCUUAAGACGUUCCGAUGGCUCCUUGACAUGGAAAAGGGAAUAGCCGUGGUUCCUGGCUCUGGCAAUGAGAAAUUCACAGUCACCUACAGCGAAGAUCUUGCCCGAUUCAUCGUUCGCCUCGUUGAUACGGAUGAAAAAUGGCCUGAGCGUGGGUUCUUGUCUGGCUCUGAUAUCUCUGUUAAUGAGCUUGUUGCAAUUGCCGAAAGAUUUCGAGGCUCCAAGAUGGAGAUUGUGUAUGACCCUUUAGAAAAUCUGGAAAAGGGAGACGCCACACUUCUAUGGCACCCCGAAGACGUCACCGAGGACGAGUUCAAACCCAUGCUGGCGGCAUUGUGCCAGAUGAUCAUUACUGGGGCUUGCCUCUUGCCCGACGAUGACCGCAGACUUGACAGGCGCUUUCCAGAUAUUCCUCUUACGUCUGUGGAAGAGAUUAUCGCCAAGGCCUGGGGUGGCAAGUAG